UCAGAGCAGACGUAGCUCUGUAACAUUAGACAGACUUUGUCUGCAGUGGACGCCUCGACUGCUAUUUCUCCUCUAAGUGCUUAUCUUAAUAGCGCCAGAGCCUUUCGGGAUAGAUUAGACUGCAUCUUGCUGAAACUGAAAGAGUUAUUUCGAACAGGAGAUGUUUGCACUGACCUAAAUAUAUCCCAUGGAGAGGAGCAACAGUAAAGGUUCCUUGACUUUUCCAAGACUGUCAAGAAAUCAAGUCUCUCCAGAUCUUGAUUUCAUCCAGGAGAAGGCUGACUUCAAAAAAGUUCAGAAAGACACAGAUGAUAACUUCAUCACACUAGCGAAUGGGUCGAACAUUUAUCAAUGUGUCCUACCACAUCCUACAGAGAACGAAACAGGCCAGGACGAGGACAAAGCACUGCAAAGCGAACAUGUAUCACAUAUAAUACAGAGAAAAUGGAAUUUUCCCAAGAACCCUAAAUUGAUAAUCAGGUUGGUUGGUUCCUUCGAAACAGAAGACAGAGCCAAAGGGAAAAUGUUCUCUAUCAGAGACUUUCUCUCCCAGUUGAUACAGUUGACAGUCAAAGAGGAACUCUGGCUCAUAAUUGAGGGGGAGGACUCCUCCCUGUUCAAGAGUUUGGGGAACCUGUUGCAGAGCAUCACCCUGCCGACAUCCGACUACAGUCCUGCAGUUGUUGGUAUCGUCACUCUUCCGGAGAGUGAGCUCCAUUUACACGAGAACAAUGAUUUGAAUCAAAGUCUGACACCAAACAUUAAAAACUACAUCCUGACUCACCCAGCAAUGAGAGCGUCAAUAAGAAAAAAAGAGUGGCUAGAGUGUACAAUAUUGUGUAAUGGAACUUCAAAGUCUGUGGAGGAAAUAGCCAAGUGCAUUCAAAACAAAACACCCUUAAUUAUUUUAAAGGGUUCUGGGGGACUUUCAGACGUCAUGGCGGAGAUCUUGGAAAUUCAAAGUGUUGUGAAUCAAAAGUCGUCGUUGAAAUACUGCGUAGAGUCUCUGCUAGAUAAAGUGAAUUGCACACAGGAUAAGCUACAAGAGUUAACUGAACAGCUGGUCAACACAAAGUGUGCCUAUCAUAUUUUGGAUAUAAAGAACACACUUAGCCAAUCUGUUCUAGCAGAGUCUAUACUCACAGCCAUGCACGAAUCCAGCGUAGAGUUGAACACUUUUUUAAUGUUGUCUCUUCACUUUGACCAGCUGGACUUAGCGGCGGAACUCGGUCAACUUUGGAAACUUGUGGAUGAUAAUAAUUACGAGACGUGCCGAAUGAUUAUAGUGGAAGCGCUGGAACUUAAAAGGUACAACUUUGUUCGAUAUAUGAUUGAACAAGGACUGGACCCAGUCCACUAUAUCCAGGAGCAGGACAUAACAAGAAAGUACCUCCUGGCUGUUCAAAGAGAGAUAACAAGCAGAGAUCCUUUCUCUGAGGUGAAUGUCUCGUGUUCUUGCUCUGGAAGACAAGCUGUUAAUGGGAGUGCAAGCGUGAGUUCCAACGAGUCCAGCAUGAGCAAAAUCAAUCCUAAAAAGGCUAAAAAAACAGAUUUAUUGAUUCAGUGGAUCAGAGACUAUUGUGGACAGAAGCGAAUAUACACGGAAGACUACAAAAUUGAACGCCUCUUCAAACUUGCAAUAUUGAAGAAAAAAUUUGAAUUAUCAGAGAUAUUUUGGCGAUAUGUCAAGUACCCUAUAGGUGGAGCUCUGUUCGCCUGUAUGUUGUUGCGUGCAAUGCUAGCCAAGGAAAAGAAGGUGGAGGAUAUUCAAAGAAUCAAACAGCAGAAAAAGAAGUACCAACAGUUUGCUUUGAAGACUUUAAACAACACCUACUCCAAGUAUCAGGAAGACGCCAUCCUUCUACUCAGCCAGACCAUGCCUCAGUGGAAGGACAUGUCCUGCGUAGAGCUGGCCCUGCAGAUGAAGAACCGGGAUUUCCUUGCGCACAAAGCUUGCCAAGAACUGAACAACAGACUCUGGAGAAACAGCAAUAUUUCAUAUCAGAAUAAAGAACAGCUGGAGAAUCCCAAAAAGUUGUCAUGCAUGGAACGUCUUGUAUCCCCAAGAGCCAAGGCCUUUAUGGCUCUGUUUGGUCACAUCUGUUUUCUGGUGGUGUAUGCAGUGCUACUUGUGUCCUUCUUGGAAAGCGGCAGUUUUCAUGUCCUGGAAUGGAUCGUCUGGGCUUUUAUUGUUAGUUUUUCUCUGGAGCUGAUACGACAAUUGUAUACAGAGAGAAUAGAAACGUUCCAACUUCUUCAAAUUUCGGCUGUGCUUUUAUUUGUGGUGGGUUUUUUCAUGAAAGUCGGGGCCUACUACGACCACGACAACUCCCGGUGGAUGGAAGGUUCUCGUGUGAUACUGAGCGUUGACUACAUUCUCUUCUGCUUUGGAAUCCUAGAGUUUUACUACAUCUUUAAAUUUUUAGGACCGCUGUUGCUGACUAUUAAAAACAUGACUAAAAUAUUCCUGAAGUUUGUACUGAUCAUUAUGGUGUUCUACGUCGCCUUUGCCGUCGCCUCGGAGUCCGUCCUAUACCCAGUGGCGAAGCCUAACGGGAAACUUGUCUACUUCAUUAACACGCGGCCAUUUUGGUCCAUUUUCGGGGAAUACGGAUUCGACGAACUGGAUGUUUCAAAUGACUCCUGCACCGAUGACCCAAGUGUGUACAAUACGUACACGAAGACGAGAUGCCCGACAGAGUCCGGGACAUACUAUGUACCUAUUCUAAUGGCCUUCUAUGUCGUCCUGGUCAAUAUCCUGCUUCUAAACUUUCUGAUCGCUGCGUUCAACUCAGCCAUUGAGAAGACAGAGAAAGGCAGUUACAAAAUUUGGUGUUACCAGAACUUUCAGUUUACCUUGAAGUAUCGAUCUGUCCUGUUCCUUCCACCACCUUUCAUCGUUCUCUUUCCCUUCUUUGUUUGCUGCAGACGUGAGGAGGGCAACCAGAUAUUCACUCAAAAUGAAAUCCGUGACGAUUACGAGGCUAUGAAACUCAGAAGAAUACAAACAGAACAACGCGAUGUCAUCUUAAAAGACUUAGCCAUCAAAAAUCCACCACCCCCCAGACAUACAGAGAAUGAGAUCACGUGUCCACAUAAAGAUGUGGGAGAAAUAGGAUUAGAUCUCAUGCUGAAAUUGAAACGAAAAAUAAAACGAGAAUUGAGGAACGUCAAGUCAGAGUUAUCAGAGAUGCAGAAAGCUUUAUUAAGUCUUGGGCACAGUCCAAACUCAACAUUUACUAUGGACGAAGAUGAGUUUGACGGAAAUGACGUCACUAUUUACUCCGGCACACCGGAAAUGUCUCAAGUUGAAAUGUCAACGCAGUCUGGGCCAAUGACUGAAACAGCUUCUGAUACUCUAUUCAUGUCUGACCAAGACCUCAAUGACAAACAAGACGAGUUACCAGUUCAAGAAAAACAUGCAGAAGACAUGCAAGAAACGCAAGCACAAGGUUCAGGUUCUACAGAGAUGAAAGCUGAGAUAGCAGCUGAUAGGGACCCAGUGUGGAUUCCUAAAUAUGGAAGUAUUGUGGCUCACCGACUGGCGCCAGAAGCAGAAGCUAUUUUGCGAAAGAAAGGCUCUGCAAAGUCGAACAGAAAAUAUUUCGCCUGUCGAACAAAUUACAGAUAUGGCGUCAGGUGGAAGAUUAUAUCUGUAAGGAGAAAAACAAAAAGAAAUGGUAAAGAGCUUCCAAUAUCGGCGAGCAGGGCGAAACCUUUGAGAAACUCCUUAUCCCAAGCCAUCAAUCCAGACCUCAAGCUCAUUUAGAUAAUUAGUACACAGAAAACAAAGUACAGAAAGGACAUCUCCUGAAAGAAUGAUACAACACCAAAUUAGAACCAAUCCCUCGUCUAGAGCAGCUGACAGAUAGAAAGUGUAUGAGUCAAAAGAAUUGUAAUCAUCGAAUUGUAUAAUAGGCUACAUUGUUAAUAAAUGUUAUUAUAUUUUCACUAUGUCAUGUAAUCAUGUAUACAUACUAAUUAUACAAAUGAGGAAUAAAUUUUAUUUUAUUCGGA